AUGGCUACUGGAGGGCCCCCCAGCAGUCAAGGAGAAGCACCGAAAAAGGUCUGGACGACAUUAAUCACCAACACCAAAUAUCUAUCUGGCCUUCUCACGCUAGAUUAUUCAUUGAAAAAGUAUGGAUCGAAAUAUCCACUGGUGGCUCUUUACACCGACACUUUCCCUCCAGAGGGUCUUCAGGCGCUGAAGGCGCGCAACAUUCUGGUCAAGGAGAUUCCAUAUCUGUUGCCAUCUGUGCCCAAGGAGUACACCAACGACCCUCGCUUCUAUGACUGCUGGAGCAAACUCACCCCGUUCAGUCUCACCGAGUAUGACCGGGUGGUUCAGCUGGACAGUGAUAUGAUGGUGAUGAAGAACAUGGAUGAGCUCAUGACGCUGGAACUCGAUGCACCGGAGCUGAACGGUGAAGGAAACAGAGUCUAUGCGGCCAGUGUUGCAUGUGCCUGCAAUCCCUUGAAGAAACCCCAUUAUCCCACGGACUGGACACCCGAAAACUGUGCAUUGACGAGUCAGCACAAAGAUCCCGACAGUGCGCAAGUCAACGGCCCGGGAUCUACUACUGGCAUCGGUUUGCCCAACGGAGGACUGGUUGCUUGCAACCCCAGCAAAGGGACCUACGACAAGAUUCUCGAGACGAUGAAGGACGGCGGGUUGACUUCUUCCUACGAUUUUGCCGACCAGAGUUUACUCGGUGAACGAUUCCACGGGCGCUGGGUCAGUCUGCCAUAUGUCUACAAUGCCCUCAAGACUCUGAGGUGGAAGGGCGUCCAUGAUGCGAUCUGGCGGGAUGACGAAGUCAAGAAUAUGCAUUAUAUCUUGAGUCCUAAGCCCUGGGAUGAGAAGUACGAGGAUAUUCAAGACGAAACUCACAAGUGGUGGCAUGAUGUGAACAAUGAGAGGCUGAAGAAGGAGAAGGAGAAUGGCAUAGAUGAUGGAUUUUGA